GCAGAGCACCGCGCCUUAGCCGCGGAGUCCCCGUUCCUGCUGCCGGUCCUAACGUCCCACAGUCUUCGCCAGCCAGCCGUCCUGCGCGCGCGUUUGAGCGGCGUGGAGCCUGCUGCCAUGAAGUCAGCGAGAGCUAAGACACCCCGGAAACCUAUCGUGAAAAAAGGGUCCCAAACGAACCUUAAAGACCCAGUUGGGGUAUACUGUAGGGUGCGCCCACUGGGCUUUCCUGAUCAAGAGUGUUGCAUAGAAGUGAUCAAUAAUACAACUGUUCAGCUUCAUACUCCUGAGGGCUAUAGACUCAACCGAAAUGGAGACUAUAAGGAGACUCAGUAUUCAUUUAAACAAGUAUUUGGCACUCACACCACCCAGAAGGAACUCUUUGAUGUUGUGGCUAAUCCCUUGGUCAAUGACCUCAUUCAUGGCAAAAAUGGUCUUCUUUUUACAUAUGGUGUGACGGGAAGUGGAAAAACUCACACAAUGACUGGUUCUCCAGGGGAAGGAGGGCUGCUUCCUCGUUGUUUGGACAUGAUCUUUAACAGUAUAGGGUCAUUUCAAGCUAAACGAUAUGUUUUCAAAUCUAAUGAUAGGAAUAGUAUGGAUAUACAGUGUGAGGUCGAUGCCUUAUUAGAACGUCAGAAAAGAGAAGCUAUGCCCAAUCCAAAGACCUCUUCUAGCAAACGACAAGUAGAUCCAGAGUUUGCAGAUAUGAUAACUGUACAAGAAUUCUGCAAAGCAGAAGAGGUUGAUGAAGAUAGUGUCUAUGGUGUAUUUGUCUCUUAUAUUGAAAUAUAUAAUAAUUACAUAUAUGAUCUGUUGGAAGAGGUGCCGUUUGAUCCCAUAAAACCCAAGUGGAACAGUUGCAGCACACCCAUGAGGAACACAGAUUUUGUACCUCCACAAUCUAAAUUGCUUCGUGAAGAUAAGAACCAUAACAUGUAUGUUGCAGGAUGUACAGAAGUUGAAGUGAAAUCUACUGAGGAAGCUUUUGAAGUUUUCUGGAGAGGCCAGAAAAAGAGACGUAUUGCUAAUACCCAUUUGAAUCGUGAGUCCAGCCGUUCACAUAGCGUGUUCAACAUUAAAUUAGUUCAGGCUCCCUUGGAUGCAGAUGGAGACAAUGUCUUACAGGAAAAAGAACAAAUCACUAUAAGUCAGUUGUCCUUGGUAGAUCUUGCUGGAAGUGAAAGAACUAACCGGACCAGAGCAGAAGGGAACAGAUUACGUGAAGCUGGUAAUAUUAAUCAGUCACUAAUGACGCUAAGAACAUGUAUGGAUGUCCUAAGAGAGAACCAAAUGUAUGGAACUAACAAGAUGGUUCCAUAUCGAGAUUCAAAGUUAACCCAUCUGUUCAAGAACUACUUUGAUGGGGAAGGAAAAGUGCGGAUGAUCGUGUGUGUGAACCCCAAGGCUGAAGAUUAUGAAGAAAACUUGCAAGUCAUGAGAUUUGCGGAAGUGACUCAAGAAGUUGAAGUAGCAAGACCUGUAGACAAGGCAAUAUGUGGUUUAACGCCUGGGAGGCGAUACAGAAACCAGCCUCGAGGUCCAGUUGGAAAUGAACCAUUGGUUACUGACGUGGUUUUGCAAAGUUUUCCACCUUUGCCUUCAUGCGAAAUUUUGGAUAUCAACGAUGAGCAGACACUUCCAAGGCUGAUUGAAGCCUUAGAGAAACGACAUCACCUACGACAAAUGAUGAUUGAUGAGUUUAACAAACAAUCUAAUGCUUUUAAAGCUUUGUUACAAGAAUUUGACAAUGCUGUUUUAAGUAAAGAAAACCACAUGCAAGGGAAACUAAAUGAAAAGGAAAAGAUGAUCUCAGGACAGAAAUUGGAAAUAGAACGACUGGAAAAGAAAAACAAAACUUUAGAAUAUAAGAUUGAGAUUUUAGAGAAAACAACUACUAUCUAUGAGGAAGAUAAACGCAAUUUGCAACAGGAACUUGAAACUCAGAACCAGAAACUUCAGCGACAGUUUUCUGACAAACGCAGAUUAGAAGCCAGGUUGCAAGGCAUGGUGACAGAAACGACAAUGAAGUGGGAGAAAGAAUGUGAGCGUAGAGUGGCAGCCAAACAGCUGGAGAUGCAGAAUAAACUCUGGGUUAAAGAUGAAAAGCUGAAACAACUGAAGGCUAUUGUUACCGAACCUAAAACUGAGAAGCCAGAGAGACCCUCUCGGGAGCGAGAUCGAGAAAAAGUUACUCAAAGAUCUGCUUCUCCAUCACCUGUGCCUCUUUCUAGUAACUAUAUUGCUCAGAUUUCCAACGGCCAGCAACUCAUGAGCCAGCCACAGCUACAUAGGCGCUCUAACUCUUGCAGCAGCAUUUCUGUAGCUUCCUGUAUUUCGGAAUGGGAGCAGAAAAUUCCUACGUACAACACACCUCUCAAAGUCACAUCUAUUGCAAGGCGUAGGCAGCAGGAGCCAGGACAAAGCAAAACUUGUAUCGUGUCAGACAGAAGGCGAGGGAUGUACUGGACUGAAGGCAGGGAGGUGGUUCCUACAUUCAGAAAUGAGAUAGAAAUAGAAGAGGAUCAUUGCUGCAGGUUACUCUUUCAACCUGAUCAGAACGCACCACCAAUUCGUCUCCGACACAGACGAUCACGCUCUGCAGGAGACAGAUGGGUAGAUCAUAAGCCCGCCUCUAACAUGCAGACUGAAACAGUCAUGCAGCCACAUGUCCCUCAUGCCAUCACAGUAUCUGUUGCAAAUGAAAAGGCACUAGCUAAGUGUGAGAAGUACAUGCUGACCCACCAGGAACUAGCCUCCGAUGGGGAGAUUGAAACUAAACUAAUUAAGGGUGAUAUUUAUAAAACAAGGGGUGGUGGACAAUCUGUUCAGUUUACUGAUAUUGAGACUUUAAAGCAAGAAUCACCAAAUGGUAGUCGAAAACGAAGAUCUUCCACAGUAGCACCUGCCCAACCAGAUGGUGCAGAGUCUGAAUGGACCGAUGUAGAAACAAGGUGUUCCGUGGCUGUGGAGAUGAGAGCAGGAUCCCAGCUGGGACCUGGGUAUCAGCAUCACGCACAACCCAAGCGCAAAAAGCCAUGAACUGACAGUCCCAGUAGUGAAAGAACAUUUUCAUUUGUGUGGAUGAUUUCUCGAAAGCCAUGCCAGAAGCAGUCUUCCAGGUCAUCUUGUAGAACUCCAGCUUUUGUUGAAAAUCACGGACCUCAGCUACAUCAUACACUGACCCAGAGCAAAGCUUUCCCUAUGGUUCCAAAGACAACUAGUAUUCAACAAACCUUGUAUAGUGUAUGUUUUGCCAUAUUUAAUAUUAAUAGCACAGGAAGACUCCUUUUUUCAUCACUGUAUGAAUUUUUUAUAAUGCUUUUUUAAAAUAUAUUUCAUAUAUACUUAUAAACUAAUUCACACAAGUGUUUGUCUUAGAUAAUUAAGGAAGAAUAUAUCUAGAUCAUGCCUGAUUUUUUAUUGUGACUUUUCCAGCCCUGGUCUGAAUUUCUUAAGGUUUUAUAAACAAAUGCUGCUAUUUAUUAGCUGCAAGAAUGCACUUUAGAACUAUUUGACAAUUCAAACUUUCAAAAUAAAGAUGUAAAUGACUGGCCAAUAAUAACCAUUUUAGGAAGGUGUUUUGAAUUCUGUAUGUAUAUAUUCACUUUCUGACAUUUAGAUAUGCCAAAAGAAUUAAAAUCAAAAGCACUAAGAAAUA